GCCGGCGCCCGGCGCCAUGGCGGACGGGAACGCGGACUGGAUGGGCUCGCUGCCGCCCGCGCUGCGCUCCCUGCCGCUCUCCAACCUCGCCAUCCCGGGAUCACAUGAUUCUUUCAGCUACUGGGUUGAUGAGAAAUCUCCUGUGGGACCAGACCAAGCAAAAGCCAUCAAACGUUUGGCCAGAAUUUCUUUGGUUAGAAAGAUCAUGAAGAAAUGGUCAGUGACUCAAAAUUUGACUUUCAAAGAACAGUUGGAAGGCGGGAUCCGCUACUUUGAUCUUCGUGUCUCUUCCAAACCUGGGGAAAUAGGACAAGAGAUUUACUUCAUACAUGGCUUGUUUGGUAUCAAAGUAUGGGAUGGCCUGAAGGAGAUGAAUAGUUUUCUUGAGCAGCACCCCAAGGAAGUAAUCUUCUUGGAUUUCAAUCAUUUCUAUGCCAUGGAUGACAGCCAUCACCACUUCUUGAUUAGCAGGAUCCGCUCAGCAUUUGAAUCCAAACUUUGUUGUGUAGAAUGUGUAGAAUAUGUGACAUUACUGUACAUGUGGAAGAAGAAAUACCAGGUUCUCAUAUUUUACCAUCACCCUUUGUAUCAGGAAUAUCCCUUCCUGUGGCCAGGUAAUAAAAUGCCAGCACCGUGGGCUAAUACAACUAAUGUGCACAAACUGCUGCAGUUCCUGGAGACCACACUUGGGGAACGAAGUCGUUAUGGGACUUUCCAUGUAUCUCAGGCAAUUCUCACACCUCGAGUCAAAACAAUUGCACGGCAUCUAGUUCGUGGUCUGAAGAACACACUUGUUCAUAGGAACCUGCCCAUGAUUUUGAAUUGGGUGAAAGCACAGAAGCCUGGUGUUAUGGGUGUUAACAUAAUUACAUCAGACUUUGUGGAGCUGGUUGAUUUUGCUGCUACAGUUAUUGCACUGAAUGACCUCCUUUUGGAAGAGAACGAAUCUGCAACUUAAAUCCUGAUUGCUGUGUUCCAUGUGUGCUCCUUAGUGGACAUCUUUCAACUAUGCUUAAUGUUUUACUUGUCAAGUGAAACCUGUUGUAAUCUGUCUUUAUGAAAAAAAGUUUCCUUUAGGAAACGUGGUUAAAGAUCACGUACAGCCAGGUCCCUUCUCCUGGAGUCUGUGGACCUGAGUGAGCCGAGUGCUGUGUGUGUGCUGCUGUGUCUGUGUGUGCUGUGUUUGGCUGAGCUGUGCACACAUCUGCUGCUGACAGGGGCUGGCCUCUGGAGCAGAUGAACCCCAUUGUGGCACUCAUCUCCUUGGUGACCACACUCCCAGCACCCCUGUGUGUGCAUCCUGCCCGCUUCCCAUGGCCAGGGCUCACUCCAGGGAUCACUGCUGAUCCCAUGGCAGCGUGGCCAGGCUGGCUGGGUGGCAUUGUUCUUGGGCCACCUCUGGCAUAGCUGGGCUCAGCUGGAGGCUGCUGCUGCUGUUCAUUAUGCUCUUUUAGACACUACCUCUGACUUACUUGAAGAGACAAUGCUGCUGUUGUUCAGGGGGAAGCUGUGUUAAAUAUCCAAACUGUCCUUUGGGCCUGAGAGAUGAAGGCUUAGCACAACUUUUCUUCCUGACCUCUUUAUUUUACAUUAUUACUUCAAUAAAUUAGUUGCAACUGUGCUUAAGU